UGCUCUUUGCGCGACGGUUGAGGAGGUGGCGGUGGAGAGCGUCUGUGUGUGCGCGUUGUUGCGCUCCCUCUCCCUACGAGGCACAUUCGACGACUCGGCGUCGUCCGCCGUCGUCGGCAGCGAGAUCGCUCGGUGCUCCCCGGUCGGUCGGUCGGUGGCUCCGUGGAAUCUCUCUCUCGUGUGGGACGCCCCCUUCCUAUUCGGCGGCGGCAGCAGCAGCAGCAAGGAGUGUUGUUCCGUCGUCGGCGGCCGGUUUUUUUAAACACUGUGCGCAUCGCUGGGGCAGCUGUCGUACCGCUGCUUUUCGGCUUCCGAGACAAGCGGGUGUCGUUUGUCGUCGUGUGGUGUUUUUCGCGCCGACUCGAAGUCGAUGUCAUGUGGAUAACAACGGUCGCCGACGAGUGACUUGUUCGGCCCGUUGUGGUCGCCGUCGUCUGCUUCUCGUCGCUGCGGAGUCCGCGCGCAGGACGGGGGGCAACUCCCACGCCGUCGUCUGCUACUCGCCUAUUAGUACAGCGCCUGAAAUCGGGGGCGCGUACUUCUGCCGGCUCCCAAAAGUUGGCCGUUGGGAACGCCCGGAUAUUGACGUGGAGCUUCGCAACAGAUUUAUGCAUCUGCAGUGUUACGGCACGGCGCUCCAUGCAUCCCAGGACGGGACUCCCAUGUGACUGGCACACGUGAUAUGAUUGCAUUCCCGAAGCAGUCGUGACCAGCCCUCAUUUCUCAAUUCGCGUUCGAGCGGCUGGCUGCGGACCACCAACCCUGACAAAGAGAGCAUCAUCGAAGAAAGGAGAAGUUCACCGCUGCUUUGACACCGACGACAGCACCGGCGGCUGCGCCGCGUGCGCGUCUACAGCACCACCGUCGACGGGGCAUGCCGACUCGACGAUCGCCCUCCGUGCUGUCGACGCUCGGAGACGACGCCGGAAACAAAAGAGCGCGCUGGGACCGGCGCGACCGGAACUAAUCCGUUGCCGCGGCCGGGGUCGACGAGGUCUGCGUCUACGACGGCGAAGACGGCGACGCGAAUAAGGCCCCUCUGCUGCAAGGGCCGUCGCCCAUGAAUCCUGCUCUUCCAUGGCAGACACAAUGGCUCGACCUUUAGAAGAUGACUGCUUCCGGAGGAGAUCGGUCGAAGAGGAUGUCGCUAAGUCCAGCGACCUGUUCGAUCUGCUCAACAAGCUGCAGAACAGCCGGCUCGACGACCAGCGCUGCGAGCUGCCCCGCGGAGAGGCGUCCCAGGCACGCCGAAACAAUGCGGCGCCCGUCAGCAAAGCCGAGAGGCAAACUCAAGACCAAGAAAAGCUAGAAGAGAUCAUGCGAAAGCAGGGCAGCUACCCGAUGGUGGUGCUUCCGGUGGCCGGCGGCUACUGGGUGGACGGCGUGGACUGCGCCUCGCCCUCGGACGUCUUCGACAGCGUCUUCGUGCCGGGACACUUCACGCCGGCCAAGAUCAACAGCCGGGAGAUCGCCACCACCUACCGAAGGCACUUCCUCGGAAAGGAGCACCUCAACUAUAUCGGACGAGAUGAAGGUUCGAAUCCCUUCAUUCUGUCGCUCAAGCUGGAAACGAUAGAGGAAGCGGACGAUCACUACAGGGUCAUACUUAGAACAAAAGAAGGCAUUGUUAGCGAACUGGUUCCGAACGAUCCAAAGACCGAACUCUGGACGGCAGCUCGGCUUGUCAAAUCCUUACGUGAUAACAUCAACAAUGUGGUGCUGCAACCAGUGUUCUUUCCAAAAGCUUCCGAACUCCUGAUGGCAUUCGACGAACAAGUUCUAGUCCACGAGUACAAAUUUGGAGUCAUUUAUCAAAGGCCCGGCCAGAUAAGGGAGGAAGAACUGUUUGGAAACCGCCACCACAGCGCUGCGAUGGAUGAGUUCCUAAACAUGCUGGCCGACAAGGUCACGCUCAAGGACUUUUCUGGGUUCCGUGGUGGCCUGGACACACAGCAUGGCCAGACGGGCCAAGAUUCCUUCUACACGUCUUUCAACGGCUGCGAGAUCAUGUUCCACGUCUCCACGCUGCUACCGUACACCGAAGGAGACGUGCAGCAGCUUCAGCGCAAGCGGCACAUCGGCAACGACAUCGUGGCCAUCGUGUUCCAGGAGGAGAACACGCCCUUCAUGCCCACCAUGAUCGCCUCUCACUUCCUGCACUCGUUCAUCGUGGUUCAGCCCAUCAGGACGGGACGCCUGCAAAUCGGACGGCAAAGGUACCGGGUGGCGGUGACGGCUCGAUUGGACGUUCCCUUCUUCGAGCCCAAGCUGCCGGUGCCGGCCGAGUUCGAGGCUGGACCCGAGUUCCGCGAGUUCCUGCUGCAGAAGCUCAUCAACGCCGAAAACGCCUCGUACCGGGCCGAGCAGUUUGCUCGGCUAGAGGCCCGGACCCGGUCGUCGCUUCUGCAGAACUUACACGACCAGCUGCUGGGCAAGACGCAGGAGUUCUCCGGCAGCGCCAGCUUCGUGGCAGGCGACGAGCUGGACGAGGGCGCAGCCACCAACGGCGGCUCCACGGCCGUGGCCAGCGGCGCGAGCUUCCUGGACGGCUUCUUCCGCAAGGCGCUCAGCGUCAAGAUCCGCAGCCAGUCCGUCGAGUCCAACCUGGCGAAGCGCUCCUCGUCCAGCGCCAGCAGCAGCAGCCUCACCAACACUGUCAUCGGCGAGAACACCCCGCUCGCCACUGGGACACCUAAAGCCCAGAGUUCCAGGAGCGUCAACCAGGGAUCGCCAUCUCAAAGUAGCAGCCGGCGGCUGGACUUCCCCACGGUCACCUCCCUGCUGGGCAUGAGCCGGCGGCGUCCCAACAGCAGUCCCACCACGCCGGUGUCCAGCCCAGAGACGCCGCCCUCGAUGGCCAAGUCUCAGCUGGCGCAGCAGCAGGGCUCUCAGCUACAGCAGUCGGGCUGCGGCAGCUUCCCGUGCGCCGAGUCCGACACCUCUAGUCUGAACAGCGUCGAGUCUGACCUGGGCCUCAGCGGCAGCAGCAUGAUGCCACCGCCGGAGAUCCCGUCCAGGAACUCCCGCUCCCUGCUCAUACAAGCCACGGCGGCGUCAGCGGCCAGCGGAGGCGGACAGCACGCGGAGGGUGCCGAUACACUUCAAGGCUUUCAGGAGCAGAUCGAGAGCCUGGCACAAGAACUAGCGCGUAUGAAGAGGGAAAAGUUUGACUGGCUCAAGGAUAAAGCGAUCAUGCAGGCCGAAAUGCAGAAGCUUACCGACAAGGAAGUGCGCCUCACGACGGAGCUCUCCCUUGCCAAGCGCGAGGUGGCCCGGCUCUCGAAGCUCGUCUGAUACCCCGGCGACAAGCUCUCCGUCGUUCUCGUGACGGGCUCUGCGUCGCACCAUUGCUAGUCAACUCUAUACUUGCGAACGCUUCUUUUCUUUUCCACUGCUGUUGCGAGGACGAAGAGUGCGCUGCACACACUCAUGCCAAAAAAAGAAGAGACAGUGAAUGAGAACGGUUGAUCGGCUCACCAAGUUCACCUGUACCCACCUAUGCCUGCUGUCCGCCGUUUUUUUUUUCUUCUUUUUUUUUGCGUUUCAUGCGAGAGACUAACGCAUUACCUUCCACUCCGCGUCUUGCAUCAUUUUCGCCACAAGUGAGCUCUAUACACACACACACACACCAUGGACAGAGUGUCAAGAUCCUUUCCCGUUAUUUUAAGAUUUAUUGUAUGUGAUGUGUGCGUUUGUGCAAUGAUUCGUUGUCACUGCGUGUUUCUUUUCCUUUUUUUUUAUUUUUACCAUGUUCCUCUGGUUGUCUUAGUUCUUUUCCAAGCCAUGCGUACAUUGUUAUCUCGUUAAAGAAAAACUGUCACGUUUUUGCGAAUGGCAUGCGUUUGGCUUGACCGAGCAAUGCACUUGUCUGUGUAAUUAGGAGACAUCCCUGCACGAGAGAGAAAAAAAAAUCGCGUAUGCCACACACUUCCUAUAUUCAUUAAUCUCGUAUUAGAAUAUGAGAUCCCGUACAAAUCAUACGACAAUAAUCGACUCGUGAGAUAUGUUAUGUACGAUAUGUUUCUCGAGAGGGAUGUGCAUUUUGUUUUCGCGUAGCACAUUCACGACUCUGUUUUGUGGAUAACUUUUAUUUAUUUCCAUUGUUUUAAAUUUUUCCUUGAUACUGUUCAG